AUGCAACUCUAUGAUUUUAAGGCUAGUAUCAUCGGAGAAGAGGCUCCCGUCCCAGUGUGCCCUACACCUGGAGAAAGCUGGAAAGAAGUGAAACAUGACAAAACUGUUACAUGGUUGGCCUCUUGGAACGAUCCAAUAAACGAAAAAGACAUCAAGUACGUUUUCCUUGCGGCAAGCAGCUCACUAAAGGGACAGAGUGACAAGGAGAAAUAUGAGAAGGCCCGGAAACUGAAGGAUUACAUAGGUAGUAUUCGGGCAAAUUACACCAAGGAUUUCAGGAGCAAUGAUCAGAGGAAGAAACAAAUUGCAGUGGCAACAUACCUUAUAGAUAAACUAGCCCUUAGGGCAGGCAAUGAAAAGGAUGAGGAUGAGGUAGAUACUGUUGGUUGUUGUACACUUAAGGUUGAAAAUGUUACUUGUUUGCCUCCAAACAAGCUUCAGUUUGACUUUCUUGGUAAAGAUUCUAUAAGAUACUAUAACACUGUAGAGGUUGAACUAGCUGUAUACGAGGCUAUUAAGGAAUUCUGUGCAGGUAAAAAGAAGGGAGGACAUGUCUUUGACAAGCUUGAUACAACUAAACUAAAUGCUCAUCUCAAGAACUUAAUGCCUGGCCUGACUGCAAAAGUCUUUCGUACAUACAAUGCUUCCAUCACUUUGGACACCUUCUUGAACAAAGAAACAACAGAUGGAACCGUUGAUGAAAAGGCUAAAGUCUAUCAACGAGCAAAUAAAGAGGUUGCUAUAAUCUGCAACCAUCAGCAUGCUGUCCCAAAAUCACAUGAUUCCCAGAUGAAUAAGUUGAAUGAAAAGAUUGAUGAAUUAACGGCUCAGAGGGAUCAGUUGAACGUAGAAUUGGAGAAAGCAAAUAAACUUGUGUCUAAAAAAGCAAAGAAACGAAAGCUUGUAGGCUCUGAUGGAGAUGCGAAGCGAAGGAGAAAAUUGACCCCUGAAAUGUUGCAGAAGAAGUUAUCGCAGGUUGAAACUAGGAUAGUGGAAACGGAUAACCACAAGAACAACAAAGAAGAUUUGAAGACAGUGGCACUAGGCACAUCAAAAAAAAAAAACUACCUUGAUCCUAGAAUUACUGUGGCGUGGUGCAAAACCCAUGAAGUUCCUAUUGACAGGGAUAAGAUUUUCACCAAGACAAUUCUGGAGAAAUUUGCAUGGGCAAUGGAUGUCGACCCAGAUUUCAGAUUCUAA